AAAGAAAAAAGAAAAUGCCCCAAAGUCUUUGCCCAUAGGCCAAUUUGAUGAGGCGUUUUCUCAGUUGAGGUUCCUUUCUAAAUUGACUCUAGCCCAUGUCAGUUGACAAGCAACCAGGAUAGAUGUUUAUCCAAUCAUACUGCUUAUUAUAUGCAAAAUGUAGGAUCUAGCUAAAUACAUCAAUAAUAGACUAGAUAAGUUAAUUAUGAGAUAGUCCCCUUUUUCCUCAUUGGCCAUCUGAAGGCAAGAUGGGUCACCAGCAGCUCUCCUGGAAUCACCCGCGGAAGUUUGGCCAGGGUUCUCCCUCUUGCCGCCUCUGCUCUAACCGCCACGGUCUGAUCCGGAAAUACAGGCUGGACAUGUGCUGUCAGUGUCUCUGCCAGUGCGCCAAGGACAUAGGCUUCAUUAAGUUGGACUAAGUGACCUUGAAUGGGUUAUUCAAGACUGUCUACACAGUGAAACAGAUCAUGCUAGUCUUUGUACAUAAAGAAUAAAUAAAUAAAAAA